AUGACUAUUUUCCCGCGCAUUAAAAUUAAUGGAAUCGUUUUUGCACUACUUAUUAUGUUUAUUGGACUACAGUUUAAGAGCAUCCUACAUACUAUUUCGGUGGUCGAAGUAAAAGUGUUAUUUCCAUUAAUACGGCUGGUUCAGAUAGCCAUUGUCAGUCUGUUCCCGACAGACCAUUCUUUAUAUCCAACACAAGCGAAUGUACAAGAUUCUCAAACGUUCGACUUCAUAAUAGUGGGUGCGGGAUCAGCUGGGUGUGUGCUGGCAAACCGACUCACAGAGGUUUCUGACUGGAAUGUCCUGCUGAUCGAAGCAGGAGACGAUCCCCCAACAGCUUCUCUUAUUCCAGGCUUAUCUGUAAUAGUAGCCGCCGCUCUACCUGAUUGGAACUUCUUCACAGUCGACGAUGGGUACUCUAGCCAAGGGCUCAAAACAAAAACCAUCCACAACCGAAGAGGUAAAAUGCUCGGGGGAUCCAGCGGGACAAACUUCAUGUUUUACGUACGAGGGAAUCAAAAAGACUACGAUAGAUGGGCCCAAGAAGGCAACGAAGGUUGGAAUUGGGAUAAUGUCACCACAUACUUCAGGAAAAGUGAAAAAAUUAAAGAUGAAUCCAUAAUAAAAAGCGAUGCAGCUAAUUUACAUGGCUCGGAAGGUUUCUUAACCGUCACACAACCGGCUUGGGGAGAUGUGACCAAAGAUUACUUAAACGCCUUCAGAGAACAAGGUCAUGAUAUUCUUCUGGAUUAUAAUGGGCACCAGCAGUUAGGAUAUGGUAUGUCUAGCUUUACGUCUGAUGAGAAAACUCGACAAAAUACUGCCAAUGCAUUCCUAAGUCCUAUAAAAAACAGAAAAAAUCUUCACGUACUCAAAAAUACACUCGUAAGAAAAAUUCUCGUAAACAAAAAUAAACGAGCAAUAGGUAUUGAAGCAAGACAUCCUGGAGGACAAAUAAUAAAACUCAAUGCAAGAAACGAAGUCAUACUAUCAGCUGGAGCCAUUAAUACUCCGCAAUUACUGAUGCUGUCUGGAAUAGGUCCUAAAGAUCAUUUAGAAGAAAUGAAAAUAGACAUAGUUUUAGAUUCGCCAAACGUCGGACAAAAUAUGCAGGAUCACGCAUUAGUUCCUAUAUUAAUUAGUGGGAAGAAGAAAUUUUUAUCACUAUUAGAUAAUAUUAAACCUUUAGGAGAAACAAGCCGUUUUCCGAUGGCAUCAUUUUUGGGUUUCGUAGCACUGAACAAGUCUCAAGGCUAUCCAGAUUAUCAGAUUACUGCUAUACCUACGCCUACUGCGGCACUUUUGCCACCUUUAUUGUGUUCGGAUACGUUUUCCGUAAAAGACAAUUCCAUCAUCGUUAUAGCUGAUGAAACUCAAACCAGAGGAGCCCUAUUCUCUCUAGUUACUCAUCUUCACCCAAAAUCUAGAGGUAGUAUCAAACUGCGAAGUACAAACCCUGAAGACAGUCCUCUCAUCUACUCCGGCUACUUCAGCAACGAGGACGAUUUGGAAGACUUUGCGAAAUACAUUGAAGAUUACAUUACUGUCAUCAACACAACGUAUUUUAAAGAGAUAGAGGCUGAAGUAAUAGAUCUCAAAGUUGAUGAAUGUGUAGCUUUUACUUUCGGUAGUCAUGAGUACUGGAGAUGUUAUGUAUUAAACUUGGCUACUACUCAGUAUCAUGCUGUCAGUGCUUGUAGGAUGGGUGUGGAAGGUCAGGGCGUGGUAGAUGAAAGGUUACGGGUCAGGGGUGUCGAAGGGUUAAGAAUAGUGGAUGCCAGUGUAAUGCCGUCUCUCACAAGUGGGAACACAAAUGCUCCAGUGAUCAUGAUAGCUGAAAAAGCUAGUGACAUGAUCAAAGAAGACCAUAGCAUAAACUUGGGUCCAGAAAAUAAAUAA